GGGUCCGAUCGCCGGCCAGCCCUGGCCAGAGCCCCCAGCCCCACCUGAGAGCCCGGCCCCGGCCCCCGGCCCUCCCCGGGAGACCUGGGCCGGGAGGUACGAGUUCCUGCUGUCCUGCCUGGGCUACUGCGUGGGGCUGGGCAACGUCUGGCGCUUCCCGUACCUGUGCUACCGCAACGGAGGAGGCGUCUUCCUCAUCCCCUACUUCAUCAUGCUCUUCCUCGCGGGGCUGCCCCUCUUCCUGAUGGAGCUGAGCCUGGGGCAGUACGGGGCCGCGGGGCCCAUCACGGUCUGGAAGUGCUGCCCCAUCCUGCGAGGCGUCGGCGUGGGGAUGCUGAUCGUGUCCUCCCUGGUGUCCCUCUACUACAACGUCAUCAUCGCCUGGGCUUUCUACUACCUGGGCUCAUCCUUCCAGAGCCCCCUGCCCUGGUCCUGCGACGCCCCCAGGAACGCGGAGCUCUGCCAGAGCACACCGGGGAGCGCCACCCGCGUCAGCGCCAGCGAGGCUUUCUGGAACGAGCAGGUGCUGGGGGUGACGCACAGCUCCGGCCUUGGGGACCCCGGCCCCGUGCAGUGGCCCCUCGCCCUGUGCCUGCUGGCAGCCUGGAUCGUGGUCUUCCUCUGCAUGCUGAAGGGUAUCCGCAGCUCGGGCAAGGUGGUAUACUUCACGGCCACCUUCCCCUACCUGGUCAUCCUCAUCCUCAUCAUCCGGGGGGCAACGCUGGACGGCUCCCUCGACGGCGUCCGCUUCUACCUCUCCUCCGACUGGAGCAAGCUGCAGAGCGCGCAGGUGUGGAGCGAUGCGGCCUCGCAGAUCUUCUACUCCUUGGGCAUCGGCUUUGGGGGGCUGCUCUCCAUGGCCUCCUACAACAAGUUUGACAACAACGUCAUCCGGGACACCUUGGUCAUCGCCAUCGGCAACUGCUGCACCAGCUUCUUCGCCGGCUUCGCCAUCUUCUCGGUGCUGGGGCACAUGGCCUUGAAGAAAGGCGUCCCCGUGGGCAGUGUCGCCGACUCAGGCCCUGGGCUGGCGUUUGUGGCGUACCCCGAGGCGCUCUCCCUGCUGCCUGGCUCCCUGUUCUGGUCCAUCCUCUUCUUCCUGAUGCUCUUCACGCUCGGAGUGGACACUAUGUUUGGGAACAUCGAGGGCAUCAUCACAGCCAUCCUGGAUGAGUUCCCGGCCCUGCGUGAGUGGAGGAGGAAGACACUGUUCCUGGGCGUGCUCUGCAUCUCCUUCUACCUGCUGGGGCUCCUCCUGAUCACCCAGGGAGGCAUCUUCUGGUUCACCCUCAUUGACACGUACAGCACCGGCUUUGGGCUGGUCAUCAUCACCCUCUUCAUGUGCCUCGGCAUCUCCUUCUGCUACGGCAUCGACCAGUUCUGCCAGGACAUCAGGGACAUGAUCUGCCGGUGCCCGCCCUGGUGCAGCCACAUGCUGGGCUACUUCAAGGUGUGCUGGGUCUUCUUCACGCCCUGUCUGCUGCUGUUCACGCUCAUCUACACCUUCCUGGACAUGUACGGCGUGCCCCUGCGCUACGGCUCCUACACAUACCCGGCCUGGGGCACGAGCCUGGGCGUCUGCAUGGGCGUCCUCACCUGCCUGCAGGUCCCACUCUGGGCCACCGUGGCCCUGUGCCGCGAGUCGGGGACACUGAGCGACCGCAUCCAGAAAGCCAGCCAGCCCCUGAACUCCUGGAGGACGGCCAGCGCCCAGGAUGUGUCUGUAGAAGUCAUCAACGUGCCAUUCACCAUCACCCUGACCAGCAGCGACUUCAGUGCGGAGCCCGACAGCAACACCUAAGCUGAUCCCACUCCCGGAGAUGGGACCCACCGGCGAUGGGGACGCCCGGCCGGGGGCUGGCUGCUGGUGCACGAGGCUCCCCUUGCGCCAUCACACGGUCCCAGAGGACAUUAACCACUGAUCCCAACACAUUUCAAUUCCAUGUCCUGGAAAUGUUCCACAUGCUCCAAAAAGUGUUUCUAAGGGACUCUCCGUGAGCAGCGCCGGCUGCCUGGGCUGUGCUCCAGCCCUUUGCCCACCCCUGGGCAGUUGCCGUGUCCCAUCAGAGGGUUUGGGGGCAGCUGAGUACGUCCCUGGCCCUGACCCAGUGCGUUCCCGGGGGGGGAGCAGGCUGGCGGCAUUGCCCCUGCCAGU